CCACCCGAAUCCGCCAACACCCUUGAUAAGUUUAUCGGAUCCACCCGAUAAAUUUAGAUCCGACCCGGAUAAGAUCCAAAACGGAUCCAAAUGCGACAUUGGAUCCGAUACCCAUCCCGAUCAUCCAUCUCUCCUUCUUUUCCUCGAUAAGCUAGCUCUCUUGAGAAGGCCAACAAUGGAGGAAGAGAAGGCCGCAGCGUACUACGAUGAGCUCUCUCGCAAGGGCGAGGGCGCCGCAAAGUUCAAGCAAGGCCUCGGCUUCUCCUCCCAGCGCUCCUCCGAUCCCUUCUCCUCCUCCAAAGCCGCCAGUUCUCUCUUCUCCAAUUUCGUCCGCGCUUCCAGUCCUGGAAAGGAAGCGGAGGUCGAUAAGAAGGCAGCUCUUGAGAGCAUCCAGAACAAGCUCAAGAAGAGCCGGGAUCGCUCUCCGUCCCCUCGUAGUCGGGGCAGGGAUGAUCGCCAUUCGCGUGGAUCUCGCCGGCGUUCGUCCAGUAGGGAGAGAGGAGGGAGGGAGAGGCACGAUAGGGAGAGAAGGAGAAGGUCUCGAAGUGAUUCGGGAGAUGAAAGUAGAAGCGGUCGGCGCCGGAGGAGCAGACGGAGCCGUAGUCCUCAUGGGGGUGGGAAUCGGGAUAGGGAGAGGAGUAGGAGAAGCCCGAAGCGUGAGAGCUCGAAGAGCAAGAAUGUCGGCGUUGAUUACUCUCAGCUCAUCGAGGGUUAUGCUCAGAUGGCGCCGGCUGAGAGAGUUAAAGCGAAGAUGAAGCUUCAGCUUUCACAAACUGCUGCUAAUGACAUGUCUAAGGGCACAGGAUGGGAACGAUUUGAUUUCAAUAAGGAUGCUCCGCUUGAUGAUGAUGACGAAAUUGAAGCUGCUGAAGGUGAUGCCUCAGUAGUCAAGGGUAUUGGGCAAAGCUUCCGAUUUGCCGCAGUUGAGGCGAAGCUAGAGGCUGAUGUUAAGGCUGCCCAUGAUCAAGCAAUGUUUGGAACACCAAGAACCUCGCCAUUGACGUUAGAACCUGCAUCUAUUCAGGAUAAUGAACCAAAAGAAGCUGAAAGUGAGGAACUACGAAAUCCUCUUCUAAGUGAAAAGGUUAUUGCAAUGCAACAAGGUUCUUGGCGUGAUCGAGCUCGGAAAAAGGCUUCAUAGUCAAUGCGAAAUGUGACUGCAUGUGACUGCAUGUGACUGCAUGUGACAGGGUUCUUUCCAUGAUUGAGUCCUAAAAAAAGCUUGGUUGCUGUGCAAAAGGUUAGUUAGCCUUUUUUUGGGUUCCAGUUUGCAUGAAUUUUCUUAGGAAGUCCCUAAACCUGAUUUUGGGAGGAAGUAUAUGGUUGAUAUGAUCCUCUUUCCAAGUCAGGAAUUUGUAACUAUAAUCAGCAGAAACUUCAAGUCGGAACCAUUGAUUAAUUUUUCUUUUUUUAAUAGAAUGUUUGAGAGGUAGUUGUAAGCUAUUUGUGUCAAAUAGUCUUCUACUUUUUUUUUCCUAAACUUUUAUCUGUAUCAAUUUUAUGCCCAUGCAUAUAUAUAUAAAUAUAUUCCAAGCU